AUGUCAAAAAUCAUCGACGACGUCAAGACAGGCCUAAAGGGCAUCCGCGGAGCCGGCGACGCUAUACGAGGCGAAGCCCUCGAUGCAACAGAUCAAGUCUUCGACACCGACCCUAGACACCCAGAAACUCUCAAAGAUAGCGCCGAUAAUAGAGCUAUCGCCGACAAGGGAAAACAGGAUAUGCGCGGCGUUGACGAUAUGAUUGCUCGUCGAGAAUGGAAGAAGCAGGGCGUUGAGCCACCUGCGCAUGUGCAACGAGAUAAUGAGAAGCCGUUGGCGGCGGAUAGGCCUAAUGAGGGUUUGAGUGGAUAUCCUGAUGAGAAGCCGCCUAGUACCUCGCGCUAUGAAGAACAUUUGGUAUCUAUGCCUUUCGCAUCCUUCUACGGCCCAGGAAACAUCGCCUCAUGGCUCUGCAUGGUGGUAUCUGUCGUGACCACUUGGUGCUUGAAUGCGGAGUAUCGUCGUAAAGAUAGCAUCAGCGCGGAUCUCGUUGUCGUUUUAGCAGUGCCAGGUGUCGCAGCAGGGCAUGCUAUAUAUAUGCUCUUCUUUGGCAAUUCAAACCAUGAAUCCAUCCUGCAUCUCUUUACCAGCGCAGAUUCAGAAGUAGUGAAGCAUGCAGCAGCUGCAGAGGCGGCGCUCGACGUAUGCGAAACAUUCUCUGCGAUAGCCGUCCUUCUGGUGUUCGUCUCAAUGUUCUUCGGUCAUCUGAGGCGUACAUUAGCCGUCGUUACUGUUGGCCUACUGGCCUUUUCGACCGAGGCAGUUGUAUUUACGCAAAUGAAGGGAGUCAGGGUAUCCGACACAAAUCUAACACGCCCAUUUCUCUUCAACUUCUUCGAGGUUAUGGUUUCGUUGGUGGUCUUUGUGGCAGUAUGGCUUGCUGUCUUCAGUAUUUUUAUAAUGUGGCUACGAUUAGGCAUAAUCGAGGAACCCGAGGAACAAAAGGAGAUGGAGUCCGUCGAUCCCGAGCUCGAAAUAGAAGUGAGGGCAGCCCUGGUGGGACAGGCUUUGGAUAUAGAUUCGGCAGUACGGUUGGAAACCCAACAACAAUCCGCCAUGGCACUCCAGUUCACCGAAGGAGAAGCCCGACAUGGAAACGCCAUGCGGUUUUUGACGCUGCUUUCAAUUCCCCUCUCCCUUCUCGCUACUUUCGCCUCUAUAAGCACGCCCUUGGGAGCGUUAGGAGAAACCAGCUUCAUACCAUCACCGAACUCGGGUGUUUCCACCCUGUUCUUCGUUCCAAGAACCACGACUGAUAUUACAGAACUAGACCAGAUGGUGUCUCUCUGUAUUGGCAUUAUUACCCUCCUGUUCAGUCUUUGGGACACUUUCAUAUCCCAGAAGAAGGUAGAGUCGAGGGCCCGACAAAAGACCAGGGAGCAGGCAGCACACCGUGGGAGGAACCGGCGGCAAAGACGGUUGAAUGCAGGUCUUUAUUUCCUCCGUCAGGUAAACGAUGAACUUGAGGAGACCACGGAUGAAGCACGAAGACAAGAGCUCUUGGAUAAGCGAAAUUUGAUAAUGGUCGAAUUGUUUAGAAUGGUGGGCUCGUAA